AAGACCCGACCCGUUGACAGACCAGUCGCCAAUCUCCAAACCCUUCCUCGCGCGAAUCGCUUUACCAUUCCUUCAAAGUUCCAAAAACCCCAGGAAGCCAACGGAAGAAAAGACAAUGGAUCGUUUCAGUUCAAACCGCUUCGACCAUCUGAUCGCAGCUUUCCUUGCAAUGGAGCCCGCACAUUGCUUGAUCUCCUUAGCCCAAGAAUCUGGUGGAGGGUCCAUUACAAAUGAAGUCCAAAGUUUCCUCUGGGAGCACUGUAUUAGCAAGCUUGUGGUCAACAGCAAUGCAGCGAGUCAUCUGUACAUCAAAAAUUUUAUAAAGAAAGUCAUUGUUGCUGUUGAAUCCAGCGGUCAUGAUUUAUUGGAUGUCUUCUAUGAACAGUAUGCAUAUUAUAUGGCUUCAUUUAAGGAUGAUAAUUUGCUAAAAGGCAACACACGGGUCUACAAAAGCAUAUCCUUUCUCUUUCCAGAUGGUCAUUCGGAAAACCAAAGUUGUCCAAGACCAGCAAAAGUGGUGAUUCCACUGAAAUGUUCGGUCAACAUGCUCGAAGGAGAUACUGGGUGUUCCAUUUGGCCUUCAAGUCUUUUCUUGUCAGAAUUUAUACUGUCUUAUCCCGAGAUUUUCUCAGAUAAAUUUUGCUUUGAGGUUGGUUCUGGUGUUGGCUUAGUUGGUAUUUCUCUUACCUACGUAAAUGCCUCCAAGGUGAUACUAAGUGAUGGUGACCUUUCAAGUUUAGCAAACCUAAAACAUAAUUUGGAGCUGAAUCAAUCGAGGACUGGAACUGAGGUAUCAGAAAGUACUUUACAAGAUGUGAAUUUGGUGGAAACUAAAUAUUUGAAAUGGGAGUCUGCAUCAGUAGCGGAUCUCCAAGAUUGCAACCCCGACAUAGUUUUGGGUGCAGAUGUAAUGUAUGAUCCGUUAUGUGUACCGCAUCUUAUUCGAGUGCUUACCAUUCUUUUGGCUCGAAAGGAGUAUAAACCUCAUCGAUGGAUGGAAAAUUGUUGUAAUGGAACCCUCAGAAACGGUCACAUAAAUGAUGAAAACAACUAUGGGGAUGGAGGGUCACUAAAUUUCAAUCGUAGUAGAACUUGUGAACACACACCUAAGAAUAACAACAACGUUUACAAGUUCGAUUCUCAUCGAUGCAAAACAUGUAGAUGUAAUGGGUUAAAUAAGAAACAUAAUGAUAGUAGCCGUGGAUAUUGUACCUCCUCAGGUGAAGCAAGUUGUUAUGAUGCAUCGGUUUGUAAAUCUGCAUAUGAUGGGAGUAAGGAUGGUGGACCAAUCGCUUACAUAGCAACAGUUAUCCGCAAUCCAGAUACAUUUGAUUGUUUUUUGAGAUUAACUACCCAAGCCGGUCUCUCCGUAGUGGAUAUAACUGAAAUGUGGAAGCCAUUGAAUUUACUUCCGUACAUGAUUUCAUACGAUCGGUCAAGUAUACGAUUAUUAAGUGUCCGCUUCAUUUGGAGAGGUUUUGAAGGCUGCUCUCUCGCUCAGAAAAGAGAAAAGAUGGGAGAAGAGAAGGAGAUAGAAGUGAUUCAUUCAUGGUCUGCUCCAAGAUCCCUCAGCACCAGCCUCAUGUAUUCUUUUGCUCAGAGAGAUGAUAUGGAAGUGCUUGAUGAACCCCUGUAUGCACAUUUCUUGAGGGUUACUGGAGUAGCAAGGCCCUACCGGGAGGAAGUUCUAUCCAAGAUGGAUUCUGAUGGUAAUAAAGUUGUUAAAGAGGUCAUUUUUGGUCCGGGAACAAAGAGAUACAGGUAUUGCAAGCAUAUGUCAAAACAAUACAUACCUGGCUUGAAUAGUGAUUUAAUGAAGAAAGGAAAGCACUUCAUAUUGAUACGAAAUCCCCUUGAUAUUUUGCCAUCCUUUGAUAAAGUUGUGCCGCCAUCCUUUCUUGAGCUGGGUUUGGCUAGCCUGGUUGCCAUAUACAGUGAGCUCUGUGAACUUGGAACGCCUCCACCUGUCAUAGAUGCAGCAGACCUGCAAGACGAUCCUGAGACUGCAUUGCGUGGUCUUUGUGAAGAUUUGGGCAUUCCUUUUCAAGCUUCAAUGCUCAAGUGGGAAGCCGGUCCAAAACCAGUGGAUGGUGUUUGGGCUCCAUGGUGGUAUAAAAGUGUCCAUAAGUCAACAUGUUUCACUCCAAAAAGUGGUUAUCCCUUGACAUUUCCUUCCCAGCUGUAUGACUUGCUAGAGCAAAGUCUUCCUUUCUACAACAUGCUUAGGCACCACAGUAGGAGGACAUCAUCCCUUUUGAGAUCUCCCUUGCCUCCUCCAAGUCUGCCAGUUCCUGAAAAUGAGAAGCUGAUUGCUUGGGUUGGUGACGAGCUCAUGCCUCGUGAGAGUGCAAAGGUUUCAGUGUUCGACUCAGUUGUCCAAGGUGGUGAUGCUGUGUGGGAGGGACUUCGUGUUUACAAUGGAAAGGUUUUCAAACUUGAUGAACAUUUAGAUCGAUUGUUUGACUCGGCAAAAGCUUUGGCCUUCAAUAAUGUUCCAAGUCGUGAAGAGGUUAAAGAAGCCAUCUUUAGCACUCUCAUCACAAAUGGGAUGUUUGACAAUGCACACAUCCGCCUCACUCUUACACGUGGCAAAAAGGUUACUUCUGGAAUGAGCCCAGCAUUUAAUCUUUAUGGAUGUACCUUAAUUGUGCUUGCAGAGUGGAAACCACCCGUAUACGACAACACUGGUGGCAUUACUUUGGUUACCGCUACCACACGUCGAAAUUCACCAAAUAACCUUGAUUCAAAGAUUCAUCACAACAAUCUUCUCAACAACAUAUUAGCAAAGGUAGAAGGGAAUCUUGCAAAGGCAGAUGAUGCCAUCAUGCUAGAUCAAGAUGGUUAUGUGUCAGAAACAAAUGCUACAAACAUCUUCUUAGUGAAGAAAGGGCAUGUAUUGACACCUCAUGCUGAUUACUGCCUUCCGGGCAUCACUCGGGCAACUGUCAUGGAUCUUGUGGUGAAAGAGAACUUGGUCUUAGUGGAGCGCCGUAUCAGUCUAUCUGAAUUCCAUACUGCAGAUGAGGUAUGGACUACGGGAACAAUGGGAGAACUUACUCCGGUUGUCAUGAUUGAUGGUCGUGUGAUUGGCGAUGGGAAAGUCGGGCCUGUGACUAGAAGAGUGCAAAAUGCCUACAAAGUCCUGACAGCAGAAUCAGGGGAGCCUAUACCCAUUUAUAGCAAGGCUUGAGAGUUGGAGUUCAAAUAUGGUGUUAGCUUGGAAAACUCAUCUUUAUUUUUGCUAUAAACAAAAAUAUUCAAUAAUACAAUAAUAACUGCUCCAAAAAAAACUCAAUAAUAUUUUGAAUUGAAUAAUUGCUAUUACCAAGCAAGUCUGAAAACUCAAAGAAAUUCAACUCCACUCAGCCAAGUUGACUGGACUCAAAUAGAUUUCACCAAGAUAUGAAAGAAAAUCUGGAUACAGCUGGUUGAACUUUCUUGACUCGACUUGGUAUUUGGUACUUAACAAAACUUGACGCACCUAUCUGUAAGUAUUAAAUAUUAUGGAGUCUUGGUGUUUGGGACUCAGAAGUCGAGCUUUCAAGCCUUAAAACCUUGUUUGCUAGUAAUCAUAGCUUCUGGUUUUUGGAAAUCUAUUCAUCUCCCAAACCAGGAGUUGAAAUUUGUAGAGAAUUGUCACCAUUCAUUUGGAGAAGUUGCUGCAAGGCCAUUUGGUUUCUAGUUUCUU